AUUCACGCUCCUUCCCAUCACGGUGUGAACGGCAGCUGCUUCACCACCAAAACCCCCCCCCCCCCCCCCCCCCCCCUCUACUCCUCCUCUUUCUCUACGUGUGUGUGAAGUGAGUGCAUGUGUGUGUGUGUGUGUGUGUGCAGGAGGAAGACGAAGCAGCAAGGCAGGAGGAGGCAACCACCACCAAGGACGUCCCUUUUUUUUUCGAGCCUGGAGAUGCGAGGGACGAGCAGUUAAGAUCAUUAGCCUGUGAAUGCUGUUUGUACUGCUGCAAGGAGAACUUCGCUUGCAGCUGAAGCUCUCUUCUGAUCUUCUGUGUUUUUUUUUUGGUGUGUUGAGUGUGUGAGGAGGAUAUCAGCCCAGGACGGAGAUCUGGCCACAAAGGACUUCUACUUUUCUGUCACACUUGAAUGUAACAUCGCUUGGACAAGGAAGGCAGGGAAUUAAAAGCCAUCAUCAUGAAUUUCGUUAUGAAACAAGCGUUGGGAGGGGCCACCAAAGACAUGGGCAAGAUGCUUGGUGGGGAGGAGGAGAAGGACCCCGAUGCUGCGAAAAAAGAGGAAGAAAGGCAAGAGGCUCUGAGGCAACAGGAGGACGAGAGGAAGGCCAAAUAUGCAAAAAUGGAGGCAGAGAGAGAAGGCGUCCGACAGGGCAUCAGAGAUAAGUAUGGCAUCAAGAAGAAGGAGGAGAAGGAAGCCGAGGCAGCGGCAGCAAUGGAGCAGGCCUCCGAGGGCAGCCUCACUCGUCCCAAGAAGGCGGUUCCCACCGGCUGCGGCGACGAGGAGGAAGAGGAGAGCAUCGUGGAUACGGUCAUGAAAUUUAUUCCGACCCCGCUCAUGGAUAUGUUCAAUAAAAAGUAACAGUGUUUUGGGUGAAAUAUGAUUCUUACAACGUUCAUCUAACUAAGACUACUGCCGUAAUCACCCUGCCCCGCCCAAACCUGCAGUCACACUUUUCUCCACCCUCCCACCCCUCCAACCCAACUUCUAAGUGUUCUGGGAUGGAGUAACGUGGCGUGACUUUGCCCUUGAUUUAAAAUAGCUGAUCUCUGAUGGUGAUACAUACUUUUUAAUCUCUCAUACAGAGCAUCUUUAUUGAUAACCCUAAUUUAAGAGUAUGUAACACCUACACAGAUCUAGUAACUUCAAGGCAAAUCUUGUGCCAUGUUUUCAAAAAUGUCAGGCACUUAGAAUAAGAUCAGAUAUCACCCAUCAUCCACCCUUUUUGUUUGUAAAUAGCCUCGGGUUAUGAAAAAAAGAGAACUAUAUAUGAGUGAAAUAUGACAUAUAACAAGAUGACUAAGAGUAUAAGCCAUAUUUUUAACUUUUAAGAAAUUAUCCAAAUCAUAUCAAAAAUUUGAUUGAAUUUUCCUGUUCUGUUCUUGCUAAUAUUUGAUACAUACAGUGUAUAUAAAUACUUGCAUUUUUAUUAGUUCUCCGUUGUGAGGAUUCACCCCAUGAACUGUCUUUCAUGUUCUAAUUGGUUAAUUGUGAAUGUGUAAUAUGAGCACUGGUACAGUCGAAACAACACCUGUAGAACCAGAAAGUGAAGGACUUUUAUUUGUUUUGUUUUGUUUGCUUUUUGUUAAGCAUGCAGUAAACUUUUGUGAAGUGAAGUACACGUUUGGAUACCAAUUCAUUUGUUAUGAUGAAGCGAAAUACAUUGAUAUUUGAGGCAAUAACUGGUUUUCCAUUUUUAUUUAAUUGACAUCUCGCCCACCGUGUACAGUAGGCGAUAAUUGACUUUGUGUCUGAAAUGUUCUUCCGUGGGGAAAACUAUAAAUGUUCUCCAUACAUGACGUUUGUCUCAAAGCAGUUAGACGAUAAAUUAUCUUGCUAUUUAAUUUAAUUUUGUUGACAUUUCCAUCAUUUUUUUUUUUUUUUUGUAAAAAAAAAAGAAAAAAGAAACUUCACAAACACAACUAUGUUGUGAACACACAUGUGAGCAGACAGUGACAAUAGUGCAAUAUAUUGUUCGAAAUGAAGUUGUCCUGUGUCCGUUGGUUAAACUGAUGGGAGUGAAAUCCCAAAUCAGCAAUAACAGACAAUCUUCAUUGUUGUGUGUUUAAACUUACUCCUUAAUGUGUUAGUCGACAUUACAAGACACAGAUGUGUCUGCAUAGUGACAGUGAAGCCUUUGUGGUCAGACAUAUUUGAUUAAAAAAGAGAACGGGGGAAGGUGGGACGAUUUGUUUUGUGUCGUAAAAAAAUGUUCAGUCACACGUUACAGAAUGAUGAGCACAAGCAGGAUUUGUGUUCAAAAUCACAAGCCAAAAGGCAAACUGUUUUUCAACAGCAGACAUUAACAAUACAUGAAAAGAAAUUUGAUGAAAUAACGAGGAGCUUUUUAAAAAGCCGUCAAUGACCAUACAACAGAAAAUGUUUACCUGUUCUGUAGAGUUCAGUCUGUCAUGCUAGUAAAUGUAAUGGCACAAAUUUAAAGGGGGUCAAUGAGGAUGAAAUCUAAUUUUUCUCCAAAUGCCUUGUUUGUUUGUUUGUUUGUUUUUUAUUACUCCUUCAUUCCACGGUGUCUUGUUAAAACAUUCCAGAUAUUUCAGACAUUCCACCAGACUUGUGCUGGUAACACACAAACGUAGAGAUAUUUACAGUAGAGGCCUCAGUCGAUGCCUUUGUUAGCCUUCAAGUACAUCAUGAUGAAACUUAAAUUUGAUGUUGUUAUAACCUGAAAAUAGACACUAGAACGAAUCAAAUAUAAAGAUUCAUGACUUGACCAAGUAAACGGAGAGUUAUUUUAGCUGCCAUGUACAGAAAAAAAAAUUCCCACAUGAAGUUUAAGGGAAAGCAUAAAUGUGCUAUUAGCAGAGAUCAGUUCAAUCUUGUGAUACAAUUUUGUUAGGGAAUGUUUUUGUGAUUCACGUGAGCACAGUAGCUGUAGGUGUAAUUAAGGUUUUCUAAACCAGCUUUUUUGGCAAUGUUACCACUAUUUCUAUUCAGCUAGCUAAACAUGAAAUAACACUAAUUCUGAACGUGUGCAUUCCUGUGGCAUAGACGAGGGAAAUUUUACUUUUCAGCGCUUUGUGAGCUCUGUAAUCAUGUUGAAUAUAUAAAAAAAAACAUCCAAUUGUCACCUGUAGAGCCUGCUCGAUCUCACCAAAUGGUGUAUGAAUGACACAGCAAUUUUAGGUCAUUUCACGUGCAAUAACAACGCUGUUCUUUCUUUAGGUGUGUCAUCUCAUGCCAUGUAGUCAUGGUUACUGACUGCAGUGUAAACGUAUCUGCGUGAAUAUACGAUGCUCAGAGCUAGUAACGUAAAAUAACUAGAAUUACCGCCUCUGUGUUGUUUGCCUCCGUCAACCAGUCAAGUUGCAGUUUACAUCCAUGUCUAUCCAAAAUAGCAUCGCUUCAUCAUUUUAUACUGUUAGACAUUUGUGUGAAAUUGUCAUAAUUAUGUCAUAGUUAUUAUUAGUAGUAUGAACGUGUUUUGUGAGGUCACAGUGACUUUGACAUUUGACCACCAAAAUCUAAUCAGUUCAUUACUGAGUACAAGUGGACUUUUGUGCCAAAUUUGAAGAAAUUCACUCAAUGCGUUCUUGAGAUAACGUCUUCAUGAGAAUGGUACAGACAUAUGACGGACAGACAACCAAAAAGUGGUGGUUAUUUUGCGUUAGUGAUGUUAGCGACAUGUAUUCCGUACUUAUGUUACAUUGUUUACGUACGUAUUUUACUUAGUUUACAUACUUAUUUUAAGCCCAAUCAUGGUGUAGGUGAUUUUGUUGCCUAAACCUAACCGGGACCGUUUCACGGUAACAAUGUGCUGUUAAAUGACACGUGAAAAGCCUAAAAUGCGUUAUCAUGACACAAGGAAAGUCCUUAAAAUGCUGUGCUAUUUAUUCGUCUUCCCUUGAGAUCAGCUUGGUAGAGCCCAUAUAUUGAACUUCCUGUGAUUUUAUUGUACUUGUAAACUGCCUUUGCCGGCCUCCGUUCAGCGUGUUAGCAGAUAGUUGGCAACUGAUAGUUGUUUGCAGCAUCAACAACAUUCAAAUCCAUUAUCAGAGCAGUUAUCCAAUCAAACCAAAGAAUAGUGCUUGUAGUAGUAGGCUUAGUCAAGAAGUUUCAUUCUGUUUAUUUACUGCAUUUUAUUUAUUCUGAAAUUCUCAGGUAUUUUAGCUUUUAAGUUUUAGAAAAUUAAACCAUAACUAGCCUUCUCUUAGCAGAAUUAGCCUCAAACUCAAAUUGAACAAUUCCAUUGCCAGGGGCCUAGCAAGCCUACAUCAACUUUUAUUUAUGUCUUGUUUGGCCCAAGAAUAUUCCAGAAAGCUAUGAUUACUGCCCAGUCAACCCAAGUAGAGGACUUUCCCAGCGACAAACCUUGCAAACAUCAUCAGUAUGUGCAGUUCUUCAGGCUACCAGUUUUCCAAACUGAUGCGCUCUGAAAUCAUAUCACCCUUUACAUCUCAUCCACCAACGCCAUCAUGAAUCCAUUUAUCAUCACCUUGUAAAUGCUAAUUGAUUGCGCUCUAAAUGGCUUAUAGACCACUGCCCAAGUCAUGCGUAAUCAAUAUUUAGUCGUCCAGUAGACUCCACUUCAGUGUUCGGUUGGAAGUCACUCAUUUGUGCCGCUCAUACAGACAUUUAUAUGAUUAAAAAACUGCCUGAAAAUUAUGACACUUAAAAAAAAGUACUCCUUUGAUGUGACUUGAAUGUAAACUGUCUAAUGUUUCUCUCCUUGCAUCUGUCUUUCUCUGUUCUGUACGUGUUGAGAAGAUGUCUGUAGCCGGUCCUGUUUCUGUCCUCUGGUGGUUGGUAUUUCUAAAAAAAAAAUUUUUGGUGCGUUCUUUUGUACUGCGAAAUCUUCUCACCCUUCUCCCUCCUUCUCUCUCUAUCUCCCUAUUUGUUGACAAAAUGUAUGCAUGCAUAUGGUGUGCGAUGUAGGCAAGGUCGUUGAUAAUCGUUUUGUGUCUUCUGUGUUUCAAAGCUCCACCUGUUAGCCUCACUGCAUGCCAUUUUAGACAGAUAUUUCAGUCUGUAACUUUACUGCAAAAGUGGAAUCACCGCACACUCUGAGAAUAAAGUGAUUUCAUAUAAUUUUUCA